UCUCUCCCAGUUCGUCGUCUCCUUCGAGAAUUCUCCAUCGACAACCGCGUUUCUAGGGUUUCCACCGCCCUCGUCUUCCCCGCGACGCCUCCUUCCGAUCUCCCCGAUUCCCCGUUGGCCGAGCCCUCCUCCUACCGGUGCCGAUCUCUUGAAUCCGCAUCGAAGUCUCGCCCUCUGCCCGCUUUGUUUCACAUUGAUCGUUCCUGCGGCGAUCCGAGAUCUCGCGGUUCGAAGGCGUUGCGGGGUCUCUCCCAAGUUGGAUCGUUAUUGAUCUCCUACAACUAUCGUCUUUAGUUUCUGACCUUGAAACGAAGCAUAUUUCUUGCAAAGGUUGAACUUCUUUUUGCUAAAUCAAGAGCUUGUGGCGGAUUUGGGGAGAUGAAACCAGGCAAGGAAGGGCAGGACUCCCUGAACAACAUCAUUAGACAAGCAAUUGAUAAAGAAACACUUCUUUCAGUCUGUAGAACUGGAGGAAAGGAUAGCAUUCUUGAACUUUUCAAAGGUGAGACUGCUGGCAUGAGUGAGUCUAUGGAAGAUAGUUGUUCUUCAAAGGAUAGUGGCAGCACUAUCAAGGGGACUAAAACCUCAUCUGAACAGAUGCAAGCACUCAAAAUUCCUGAAGCUGUUCUAGCCUUUGCUCAAGCUGCUGCAAGGGCAAACGGUGAGCCUGAAAAAUAUCUUCCAGGAUGGCCUUUGUUCUCACCAGCUAAGGUGCAAUUGCAGAAAUGUGAAAAGUGUUCUCGAGAGUUUUGCUCUAUGAUAAAUUAUAGAAGACACAUACUUGUGCAUAGGCGUACCUUAAAGAUUGAUAAGGAUUUUCCAAGGAACAGGGAGUAUUUGGGUGCCUUCUGGGAUAAGCUAUCUUCGGAUAAGGCUGAAGAAAUUCUUUCUUUCACAAACAUGUCCAUAGAGGAGGUUAGUGGUGCUUCAAUCAUAAGGGUAUUGUCAUUAUGGAUUGGAAAGCCAUUCUUUCAUUCUCUACCGCAAACAUAUGCAAAGGCUGGAUCUGCUUUAUUGGAUGUGAUCCAAGCAAGCCCACCGAUAUGCUCCAAGAAACUCUUUAGUAUCCUUGAUGAUGCAAGUGAAAAUACUUUUUUGUGCACUGGCACAGCUGUGUCCUUGCAGAAGUUUGUGUUUGACGGUGAAGUAUCAAAGAUUGCACUGGAAAUGAAAAACCUCAUUGCUUGUAUUAGUUUCUUGCUUGAGCAGAAACUGGUCAAAUCAUGGGUUGCUGACAAGGAUGCUGAAGCUUUAAGAUGCCAUAAGUUGCUCAUGGAGGAAGAGGAAGCUGCUCAGAGAAGGCAAGCUGAACUUCUGGAAAGGAAAAGAUUGAAGAAACUUAGGCAGAAAGAACAGAAAACAAAGGACUUAAUUGGUGUAGAAAAUAGGAUCGGUUCAAUUAGAAGUACAGACGGCAAAACUGAAUUCCCUGGGAGAUCAAGUUCAAGGACUCCAUCUCAUUCAGAUUUGAAUACCCCAGCAAUAUCAGAAAACCAAGUCCAUCAUUUUACUCCAUCAUUGGACCCUGUUAUGGCUACCGACUUCAGGAUGCAUGUGGAUACUGAGGUUGCAGUUCAGUAUAUUGUUCAAAAUCAGAUGAAUGACAAACAACAUCCUGUUUCCACGCAGCAUUUACUCUCCAAACCAAAAAAAACCAUUAAAAAUGGUUUUGGUACAUUUCAGGUCCCUGCUGCAAAAUUUUCAGGUCCAAAAAAAAAUGGUCUCUAUAAGGACACAAAGGCCGCUUCAUCAACCACUGGUUAUAAGAUUUGGACCCAGAAAAAUAGGCGAGAGGAGGUGCCAUAUGACAGAAUGGACAAGAUUCAUCCAGAUCAUUCGGUUUAUGUUGAUGGUUCGAAGGUUAUAAUUGGUUCAAUAUGUGUAGCACUUGGAAGCAGUGAUAGAUCUAAAUCUUCUCAAGGGAAGCUGGUCAAGCCUUGUACUAAACACAACAAUGUCAAAUCUUCAACAGGAAUGCUGUGGAAACCCGUGGGAUGCCAUGAAAGUGGGUAUGAAUUGACAACUAUAUCUGAUAUGAAGAACUAUAACUUGGAUGUGUCUUUGGCCAAAAAUUCUGACCAAGUUUCUCCCAGCGAGACCCAUCUUGCUUUAGUUGAGAAGAGAGACUGUGUUCCUGGGGCACAGCAGGACUCUUUGGCAGCCCAAACAAGUGCAGGGCCAUUGUUGUUCUCAAGCAAAAUUGCAGAGGCUUUUCUCACAGAGAGAUGGAAGGAGGCCAUUGCUGCAGAUCAUGUGAAGCUAGUUCUACCAUCUGAAACUGAAGCAUAUGAUAGCUGUGAUAAUCCCCAGUAUGAUUGCUCUGAGGAAAGGCCACAUUCUUAUGAUUGCCUUGGACAUGGCAAAUUUGGUAGCGGAGAAAAAGGUGGGGUGCCUGGAAUGGAUUUGAUCGAAUCUUCAUCCAAGCCUAAAUUUAGAACAAAGCCCGACAAAAAUUACAAACUAAAAUAUGUUGCGAAGCAACGGAGUACUGCUUUAGGUGAGUAGAUUGAGGUGGAAUAAUGGGUACAGUUUCAGUGUAAGAUGCAGUCUAUACACAGAGGCACCAGUUUUAGCAGAGGUCUUCUGUUAUUUUAUGUCCCUUGGGCAGAAGUAAUUGGAAAUGUUUGUCUAAACUUUCAAGGCUUCUCUCCUUUGUUUCCGGCAGACUGGUAGUCUGUAGGCGCAGUUUAAUGUUGUAAUAAUCUGCUCCCAUUGUUCUCCUGUUCAGUUUGUUCCAAAUGUCAAUUUCUAGAUUCUCUCAGAUUUCCCAUCAUAGUGCAAUGGUCGAAUUUGUUUGUA